AUGGCGGUAUCCAUUGAAAAACCUGUGUGGAUGUCUCAAGAAGACUAUGAUAAACAAUAUGGUAAAUUUAACCAAGAAUCUACAUCUACGGAGGAUAAAGAUCCUGAGCAGAAAUCUGAAAACUUGCUAGGAGAACUUCCAAACCGAUCAGUGAAUUAUGAACAUGUUGACCCUCCUGAUGCUCAGGUUAAAAAUACUUCAUCUUAUGGUAUUCAAAAACGUAGACGUGAAAGGUAUGAUCAAGAAGAGAGAAGAAGAGCCCUUGAGAGACAAAAAUUGAUAGAAGAGCAAUUUAAGAAACAUGAAAUAGAAUUAACAGCGAAUAGAGCGAUCAAUGUGGAUCAAAUAGUUAGAGAACAUUAUAAUGAAAGAACGAUGAUUGCAAAUAAAACUAAGAGAUAUUUGUCACCAAUCUUGAAACUGCGUAAUUUUAAUAAUGCAAUCAAGUAUAUGCUAAUAGAAAAAUACACAAGGUCUGGUAAUGUUGUAUUGGAAUUGGCAUGCGGUAAAGGAGGUGAUUUGAGGAAAUAUGGUAAUGUUGGUAUUUCACAAUUUAUUGGUAUUGAUAUAUCAAAUGCAUCUAUUCAAGAGGCUCAUAAAAGAUAUAGAUCGAUGAAGAAUUUGAAUUAUCAAGUUAUUUUAAUUACUGGUGAUUGUUUUGGGGAAUCUCUUGGUGUGGCAGUAGAACCUUUCUCGGAAUGUAGGUUUCCUUGUGAUGUCGUUUCUACUCAGUUUUGUUUGCAUUAUGCCUUUGAAACAGAAGCUAAAGCAAGAAGAACACUUUUGAAUGUUACUAAAUCAUUAAAAGUUGGAGGUUUUUUCUUUGGUAGCAUUCCGGAUUCCGAAUUUAUUCGUUAUAAAAUGAAUAAAUUUAGUAAAGAAGUUGAAAAACCAUCGUGGGGUAAUUCCAUAUAUAGAGUGACUUUUGCAAAUAAUGAUUAUCAAAAGAAUGAUAAUGAAUUCCCAUCACCCUUCGGUCAAAUGUACACAUAUUGGCUGGAAGAUGCUAUUGAUAACGUUCCAGAAUAUGUGGUGCCUUUUGAAACACUUAGAAGUCUUGCAGACGAAUACGGUAUGGAAUUGGAAUUGCAAAUGCCAUUUAAUAAGUUUUUUGUUCAGGAGAUUCCAAAAUGGGUUGACAGAUUUUCUCCAAGAAUGAGAGAAGGUUUGCAACGAUCAGACGGGAAAUUUGGGGUGGAAGGUGAUGAAAAGGAAGCAGCUUCAUAUUUUUAUACUGUAUUUGCAUUCCGUAAAGUAAGAGAAUAUAUUGAAACCGAAUAG